AAUUUUGUGAUCAGCUCAGCUAGCCGGUGUGCUAAUGAUACAUUGAUGAAAUGGACCCAGAGCAAUAUAGAGUCAGGGGGCCCAGUAUACCUUGCUACUGCCCUGUAUGUGACACAUCCAGAUCUUUGAAAUCAGCAUCUAAUAGAGGAACACCUGGUCACCCCCUCUCCCCUUCCCACAAUGGCCGAUUCGAUGGAUAUAGAUGACUCUCUGUACAGUCGACAGCGUUAUGUGCUGGGAGACAGUGCCAUGCAGCAGAUGGCCCAGUCUGCUGUGUUUCUCAGUGGAAUGGGAGCUGUUGGAGUGGAGAUAGCAAAAAACAUUGUCCUGGCAGGAGUAAAGGUUGUCACCCUCCAUGACCUUAAGCAGUGUGAAGUUUGGGAUCUUGGCACCAACUUCUUCAUCAGAGAGGAGGAUGUACAUAGCCAUAAGAAAAGGGUGGAGGCUGUCCAUUCUCGAGUGGCUGAGUUAAAUCCAUAUGUUCAGGUCAGUGUGUCCAGUGAUGUCCUGGAUGAAAGCACUGACCUCAGCUUCCUGAAGAGAUACCAGUGUGUAGUGUUGACAGAAACCAAUCUAAGCUUACAGAAACGGAUCAACAAUUUCUGCCACUCUCAGCAGCCUCCUAUCAAGUUCAUUGUCUGUGAUGUGUUUGGGAUCUGCUCGCGAGUGUUCUGUGAUUUUGGAGACACAUUUGAGGUGUCUGACCCUACAGGAGAGGAACCAAAAGAACUUUUCAUCCAGAAUAUCAGCCAGGAGAGCCCUGGCGUAGUGACGUGUAUGGACAGCCGAACACACGGUCUCCAGACAGGGCAGAGUGUGUGUUUCAGAGAGAUCAAUGGCAUGAGCGAACUCAAUGGUACCAUACACCAAGUUACAGUUCUUUCCCCCUAUAGCUUUGCGAUUGGAGACACCUCAUCAUUCCAGCCAUAUGCUCAUGGAGGAAUCUUUCGCCUAGUCAAGAUCCCUAAAACCAUCAGCUUUGAGACGAUGGAGCAGCAGAUUUCUGACCCUCGACUCCUCACCCCCGACUUAAGCAAACCAGAGGUCCCUCUACAGCUCCAUACAAUCAUGUUAGCUUUGGAUGCUUUCCUGGAACAGCACGGCAGACUUCCCAACAUUGGUUGUUUGCAGGAUGCUGAGCUGCUCCUGAAGUUUACAGAGGAGAUCAUCAAUACACUUAAAAACAAAGUGUGUUUAAACCAGGAUCUGGUGAGGUGUGUGUCGUGCUGUGCAAGGGGCUGUCUCUCUCCUCUUGCGGCCGCAGUAGGCGGCAUCGCUAGUCAAGAGGUGCUGAAGGCUCUCACUGGAAAGUUUGCACCUCUUCAGCAAUGGUUUUAUCUAGAUACAGUGGAGGUCAUUCAGCCCCUCCAGUCUCUCCCUGCUGAGGAAUUUGCCCCCAGGGGUGAUCGGUACGAUGCACUAAGGGCGUGCAUCGGUGAGUCACUGUGUUUGAACCUGCACAAGUUUCACGUGUUUAUGGUGGGCUGUGGUGCUAUUGGCUGUGAGAUGCUGAAGAAUUUGUCAUUGCUGGGUGUGGGAUUGAGCAGAUUCUCAGGAAAGAUUUGCAUCACCGAUCCAGAUCUAAUUGAGAAAUCUAACCUCAAUCGGCAGUUUCUCUUCAGACCUCAACACAUACGGAAGCCAAAAAGCACUACAGCAGCAGAAGCUACAUUAGAAAUAAAUCCAGAGCUGCAAAUAGAUGCUCAUCUGCAUAAAGUGUGUCCUGCUACAGAGGACAUCUAUAGCGAUGCUUUCUUCUCCCAACUCAACCUGGUGGUCACCGCACUGGACAAUGUGGAGGCACGGAGAUACGUGGAUAGUCGAUGUGUAUCAAAUCAGAAAGCUCUGUUAGACUCAGGUACCAUGGGUACAAAAGGACACACAGAGAUCAUCGUCCCAAACCUCACUGAGUCUUACAACAGCCAUAGAGACCCACCAGAAGAAGAGAUCCCGUUUUGCACUCUAAAGUCUUUUCCUGCUGUUAUUGAACACACCAUACAGUGGGCCAGAGACAAGUUUGAAAGUGCUUUUACCCACAAGCCCUCCAUGUACAACAUGUUCUGGCAAAAUCAUUCAUCAUCUCAGGAUGUGCUACAGAGAAUGAUGGCUGGGGAGAGUAUGGAAGGAUCAUUUCAGGUCAUUAAGUUGUUGAGUCGGAGACCCACUCAAUGGGAUCACUGUCUAGCCCUUGCCCGCCUUAAAUUCGACAAGUACUUCAAAAGAAAGGCAUUACAACUACUGCACUCAUUUCCACUGGACACACGGCUAAAAGACGGCAGUCUGUUCUGGCAGUCUCCAAAACGGCCACCAUCUCCUAUAGAGUUUGACCUCAAAGACCCACUGCAUUUCAGUUUUGUUGCCAGCGCAGCUCGUCUAUUUGCUGAAAUGUAUAAUGUUCCAUACUCAGAAAAGAGUCUUUCCUUCGAGGCUGUAUCAAACGUUUUAGCUGCAGUGGAGGUUCCCGAAUAUAAGCCAGCAGAAAAGCAUAUAGAGACAGAUGAAAACGCUAAGAAGCCUGAGCAGAUUAAAGUGACGGUAAGCAGUGAAGAGGAGAGGGAGGCGAUCUCACAGCUACAGGAGGCCAUCAACUCUGACUUCAUAACACCAGAAAGGCUACAUAUGACUCCAUUGUACUUUGAAAAGGAUGACGACUCAAACGGACACAUGGAUUUUGUAGCAGCAGCAUCUGCUCUUCGAGCUCAUAUGUAUGCCAUUGAGGCUGCUGACAGACUACAAACCAAACGGAUUGCUGGCAAAAUCAUCCCUGCUAUUGCCACAUCUACAGCUGCUGUUGCAGGACUGGUGGCAUUGGAGUUGAUAAAAAUCGCUGGUGGUUAUGGAUUUGAGUCAUAUAAAAACUGUUUCUUCAACCUGGCCAUUCCAGUUAUGGUGCUUACAGAAACCGCUCAGGUCAAGAGAACCCAGAUCAGAGAUGAUAUCUCCUUCUCUAUCUGGGACCGUUGGACUAUCUUUGGUCAUGAGGACUUCACCUUGUCUGAUUUCAUUCAUGCAGUUAGGGAAAAGUAUGGAAUUGAGCCCACUAUGGUUGUUCAUGGGGUGAAGAUGCUCUAUGUACCGGUUAUGCCAGGCCAUAACAAAAGACUCAAACUGACAAUGCAUAAACUGAUCAAACCCUCAGCAUGCAGGAAGUAUGUUGACCUCACCGUAUCAUUUGCCCCUGAGGCAGAUGGUGACGAGGAUCUGCCCGGCCCCCCUGUGCGCUAUUACUUAAGUCGAGAAAGCCAGAGCGAAGAAACGGCCUGACACACAUACACACACGCUCCCCUCUCUUGCCCUGUGGACCACAAGUGGAGAAGCACUUGAUGUGACUCAAUGUACAUAGUGAAUUUUUGUUUUCUACUGGUUUAUUAUUUUAUUGCACAGCAUUGUCUGUGCUGAUGCCUUAAGAUAAUUAUAUUGUGCUUCAAUGUGAUAAUAAUAAUGAUUAUAAUAUUAAUGCUCGGAAGAGUAAAAAGAAAAGAAAUUGUUUACAUAACUUCCCCAGGGCUUCUUAUUACUCUGUAUGUUUGUCUCUUAGACUGGGAGAGCACUCAGUUCAGUGUUAGUCAAUGGAGGGCUUGUAAGAGAUAUUCAUUUUGCUCUCAUGUAGGGAUGCACUGUUUGUUUAUUCAUUGAAACAUCCCAAGCAUUUCAAUGACCCACACUGUAUCAGACCCAAUACUAUUACCUACGUAUAACGGUAUCUGUGCAUCCUUACUGUCAUGAAUUAAUGGCUAUUUAUUUGCACGACUAAAUGUUUUGGGAUGAUAUUGGGGUUUAAUAAGUUGUCUGUCACUGUAAGCAACAUAAACGCCAAAGAUUUUGCUUCAGCAGCUGAUUUCAGAGGUUCUUCACAACUCUUCCUUGAGAGUGCUGCCAUGCAAAGGCAAAAUGCAGUAACUACACAUUUUGUCCAAAUUAACUUCCGACAGAAAUCGGGUCUCUUAAACUAUGAUCUGCCUGUGACAGGCAGUUUUGGCUUAACUAUGCUGUAGCAACAACAAAAUCUAAACUAAAACCAAGUUACAUUUAAGCCAUUUUUCUUAGUUUCAGUCUUGACAUUGUUACUGUGUUUUGCAUUUGUAGGACAGUAUGGAUGUCAGGAUGGAUUUCCUUAAUUACGGUAGAGUUAUAGGAAAUUGAUUCUGUUGUUACACAUGCUAUGACAGUUCCACAGUUUUGGAAAAUUUCUGUGAAGUAAGGGUAGUAAGAUUGGCGAAAUGCAUUCUCAACAGUGCCACAAGAGAGAGCUAUAGUUAACAGUAUCUUAGCAGCCACCUACACCCGUCUGCUGCUAUCAGCUGCUUAAUACGCUUUCAUUCCUGUGACAUGAACAUUUUGAAGACAAAGCAUAAAGCUUAUGGUUGUGACUCAGCAUGAUUACAAUAUAUAGACACUAUCCCUCAUGUUAAGGUUUAUUCAUAUCACCUAAAGCUUGCAUGUCAGCAGCAAAAACAAGCUUUUCACAAGUUUUCCACUGCAUUUGCUGCCUUUGUUGUCAUUCAGUCCUCCUAAAGUGUCCUUGAAUAUGUAUAUCUGAGUUAGCCAAGCAGUUAAGUUAACACACGUGACUGGCAAUAGUGAUCACACGGAAAUCACACACACGUACAUACUUCUUAACCCAACUCUAAGCUUUGAGAUUUCAGUGAAUUUCUUGUAGAAGAAGCGUUUCAAACAUUUUCGACUUUGAUCCCUUUAAAAUGGCUGACUUUCAGUUGCACAGAAUUUUCCAGCAUUUAGUUUAUCUAAAACAUGAUAAUAUCUGAUGAUAUCUAAAUGAGUUAAACCAGUGAUUGGAAGAUGAUAUGUUGUCAUUGUGACCCCAUUAUUCAAUGGAAAGUUCAAUAAAGUCCAAUCAAA